AUGCCCUUCAAGUUCCGACCCAUGAGAGGCGUUGCUGGCCGCAUCUGCCGUUAUUCGACGAAAGUAGAGAGUACACCCGCGCGACGAUUGAACCUACCAAUUGAUUUCGGCGUCACUCCUCUCCUGCAUCACAGCAGAGAUACUCUUGCCACCGCUCCAGGGCUGCCGAAGACAGGAACCUCAACGAAGCUGAACCUGUUCCAAGCAGUCAACUCAGCCCUACAAACAGCGUUGAGAUCUUCGACCCGAGUGUUGUGCUUUGGCGAGGAUGUUGGCUUUGGCGGCGUGUUUCGGUGUACGACUGGAUUGCAGGACGAGUUUGGGCGUGAUAGGGUCUUUAACACCCCCAUCUCAGAACAAGGCAUCGUCGGGAUUGCGAUCGGAGCCGCCGCCGAGGGCAUGAAGUCCGUGGUCGAAAUCCAGUUCGCCGACUAUGUCUUCCCUGCCUUCGAUCAAAUCGUCAACGAAGCAGCCAAGUUCCGCUAUCGCGAGGGGGCCACUGGUGCUAAUCUUGGGGGUCUGGUUAUUCGCAUGCCCUGCGGCGGGGUUGGACAUGGCGCUCUGUACCACACACAAUCUCCCGAGUCCCUAUUCUGUCAUGUCCCUGGCUUCCAGGUCGUGAUGCCUCGAUCUCCAUCCCAAGCAAAAGGCUUAUUACUUUCCGCCAUCCUUGACUCUAAAGAUCCUGUUAUCUUCAUGGAGCCUAAAAUUUUAUACCGCGCGGCCGUCGAGGAGGUACCGGAUGAUUUAUACACUCUACCAUUGGGCAAGGCCGAAGUAGUGAAACCCGGUAAGGAUCUUACCGUCAUCUCUUAUGGUCGUCCGCUCUAUACGUGUUUGGCUGGUAUCCAGGCUGCAGAGAAUGAGCUGCGGGGCCUCAGCGUUGAGCUUAUCGAUCUACGCACUAUAUAUCCUUGGGACCGUGAGACUGUGCUCAAUAGCGUCCGAAAGACGGGACGGGCCAUGAUUGUGCAUGAAAGUAUGGUCAACUAUGGCGUGGGAUCAGAGCUAGCAGCUACAAUCCAGGAACACGCCUUAUAUUAUCUCAAGGCCCCCGUCCGCAGAGUCGCUGGCUGGUCAACGCAUACGGGUCUUGCAUAUGAAAAAUACAUCUUUCCAGAUGUUGCGAGUUUGUCGCCCUAG